GUAGCACUGGGGACGAGAAUGGACUGUGCCAUGGUUACACAAGUAUAAUUGACAUGUGACACUAGAGAGAUUGAUAAAUCAGCCAAUCAAGAGUGUCAUAUUCUGAGGUGCUGACGAACCGGUAUUAAGCCACUGAAUUAUGUAGCAGGUAAUAAUAAUAAGUUAGUACAGGGAAAGUUCAUAUCUCUAGUUAGCUACAAGACCACCAGUUGCAUUGAGAAAAAGGAAAGCUGUUAAGGAAGACCUGGUUGACUUGUUGACGCAAUGGGUGAAAACGAUCAGCAUGAGGGUGCCAGACGUUCAACACAAGAAUUUUUUGCAGGAGCCUUCAGAUAUCUUUCCCAUCUCCCUCAGACAAUACCGCAUUUUGUCAGUCGUGUCCAGGAAUGCAAUGCCAUUAGCAGUCACCUUUGUCCAAAACACGAUUGCAGAUGUGUUCUCGUCCAUGGCGUUACUGGUGUGGGUAAAACAACCACGGCUAUCAAGGUGGCAAACGACAGAUUGAACUCCGACAGUCGUACCGUGGUUGUUUAUAUCAACUGCAGAUAUAUUAAUUCUCUGGACGAUUUCGCAGAAAAGGCUCUUCAACAAGUUUACCAUUACCCCGUCGACAACCCGAUAUCGGAGCUAAAAAAUCGUCUGAAAAGCCAAGAUUGCUACACGGUGUUGUUGCUGGACAACUUCGAAUUUCUGCUACAUCUGGGCGACAUUGGGCAAGAAACGCCCCAUGAAGGAGCAGUAGUACAAGACCCAGCAUGCGAAGAAUCGACGAUCAUGAAAAUCAUCACUGAAAUUGUGAUGAUCUCAGGAAAAGUCAAGUUACUGGUCACCUCUUCAGAGAGAGUUGCGUUCCCGAGCCUAGGGCAGGAAGAGGUUCAUCUGGAUUGCUUUAAACCAGAAGAAUCAGUUCAGCUCCUGCAAAAAGUUUGUAGAGAUAGGGUGCAAGACCCACAAUGGGCGUACCAGCUAUCAGAGAUUUGUAGCGGCAUUCCACUCGUUCUCUACACCUUAGCCUUGUCACACCACGACCUGCUUAGUCUCGUGGAACUUAUGAACUGCUCGUUGCCACAAGAUACGUUUGAGUUCUUGAGAAAGAUUCAGGCAGUCCCAAGGGAAGAAAAGAUCGGUGUUUGCCUUGACAUUUGCUUUGGCAGACUUUCUGAACAAGAACAGAACACCCUCAUAACAUUGGCACUUCUUAGAGGGCGUUUUACUCUGCCCAGAGCUGGACAAAUAUUUUGUUCACCAUUGCUGAACGAACGUCAGCUCACAAAAAAUGCAUUAGAACUGGCAAAGCGAUCUCUUUUGGAACAGAACAUCAUUGGGGGUGUUUGUUUGUAUACUUUUCUCAGAGUCAUUCGCGACUACUGCAAAGAAAAGGCAUUAGAUCAGUUUCGUGAAGUCUUUUUCAAUGCGCGGAAUGUGUUCAUCGAUCACUUUUUUGCCUUCCUGACAGACACAUUUAGACUGUUCCUUAGCAGGAACGCUUCAGACGCAAUCACAGCUUUCCGACAGGAGGAAGAGAAUGUCAUGCAACUUAUUGAGUGGUGUGACAACGGAGAAAUGACUGCAGAACAAAUUGGGAAGUGCAUCGAUGUCUUCAACAGCGUUGGGGAGCUUCUGGCAAAGAUGAUUGGAAAGAAGAAAUAUGAAUAUGUUUUCACAUUGUUAAGAAGGAAGUCUGAAGAAAUGAGAGAUCAAAAGAGAUUGAGUGAGUGCCUCACCUCCCUGGGAAUCAAACACGUGUUCCACUGCUCAUGUUCGCCGGGUCUGUGUCAUGUAGCCGCGGAACGAGCCAAGAAAUAUUUGUUGGAAGGCGACAGAAUUCAGAGCAGUCUGGAUCUGAGCAUCAACACCGGAAACAGUCGGGCUCAAUGUCUUUCCAAACUUGGUCGAUGUCUCGCAAAAGCAGGCAAUUUCCUUGAAGGGAAAGAGAAGAUCGAGCAGGCAAUCGACAUUAGACGACGACAUGGGAAUGAGGACAUCGUCAUGCUUGCAGCAACAUACAAUGAUAUGGCAGUGGCCCUAUCGCUUGAAGGAAACCACCGGGAAGCCAUUGCAGUCAGAGAGCGACAGACCCUUCCAAUUUACAGGGAACAAUUGGGUGAUCAUCCCUUCACGGCAACCAUCCUCAACAAUCUGUCCAAUAACUACUAUGCUUUGCGUCAAUACGACAGCGCUAAGCAAUAUUCAGAUAAAGCGCUGAAGAUGCGACUUGAGUUGCUGAAGGAUCAUCGUGACACGGCCAAGUCUCUGUUUGAUCUUGGUAUGGUGCACAAAGAAAGGGGAGAACUCCACAAAGCAAAAGAAUGUCUUGAAAGGUCCCAAACCAUGCAGGAGAGGGUGCUGGAUGACAACAUUACGGAUCUUCAACGAACCAGAGAUGAGAUUGAAGAUGUGCGCCACCGUCUUGCACGCCAACAGCUGGAGUAAGAUCCACUGAGUAGGGGGACACAAUCAGAGUUUGUCAAUGGUAGAUAUGGUUGACGUUUUAAUCCGAUCUCAGCAUGAAACCUAACACGAAGAGAAGCUGGGGGUUCUCUCAUUUAUUAAUGCGUGCUGGGAUUAGGCUUCUAAUGCAAAACGUUAGUUGUAGACAGCAAAAGAUUAUCGAUAGCUUAAAACUGAAGGGAAGAUCGAAGCAACCAAGGUAUCGAUAACAGGUUGUACUGAAAUUAAAUUACCUUACAUGAUGUAGCGAAUCCAAACAAACGAGACAGUUUUUGUAUUCCCAACUACUAAGUGUUUCCUAAAAACGAAUGCAAAUGUUUCGUACCGACCAUUUCAGAGGGAAAUUAGGCACAUCUGAAUGUGCAGCGAACGUUAUUAAUCAAGCUCUCGCAUAGAUAUUUAGAAAUGAAUAACUUCAGUAUCCAGUGCGUGGAAUUAUUCUAUCGAGCGCUUAGGUGCUAGUAUCCUUGGACGACCAAUUGUCCUAAUCUGUUGAUGACCUAAUAUCACAUUUUAUUGUGAUCCCUUUGUAUGUUUUACGAGUCGUGUAGUAUUUCUGUAGGUUUAGUAGAGAUGCUCAUCAGAGAGAAUGACGGGCAUCGAACCGAUUACCUUACCCUAGCUAUGUAUAUAUGCGCGGCGCCAAAGAAUAUGUUUUUGAGUAGUUUUGCGUUUUCGAUAUAGAUUUCUCUUGGAAAAUAGCACGCAGAACUAAUUUUGGGUUUGAGUACUGCGGCAAACAACUUACGAAAAAAUGGCAAUUGGCACCCGAACUAUUCAAAGAUGGCUUUGUUUUUGUGUAAAAUAAUAAUACCUGGAACAACGCGAGACGUUCAUCUUAAGCAUGCUAAUAGAUUAUAUUUUCCUUUUGGCCUACUCCGAGAUAUAUUCUUACGUUUGUUUCCUAAUGCAAAUAAUUUAAAUCACUAGAAAACCAUUAUAGACAUUGUAACUUGUGAAAGGACAUAUAAUCGAUAUCAAUCGAUGAAUCAGUCAUUGUCGAUUACUAUCGGCAAUCGAUAACUCACACUUUGCGUACAGGACGCAUAUACUUGGCUGCAUGACAAACGUGGCAGACAGUCCAUACGACUGAAGUUUAAACGUAAGAAUUCACGGAUGGGGCAGAUGGAAGGUGACUUUCCAUAAAUUCUCUUUAGGUGGCUCAAAACAGUUUCCAGCACUUAGAUUUUGAUGGGUCGUUAUAACCACUCUUUAUCACUUGAUGCU